AUCCGGCCGCCGCGGCGAAUACAAAAAUAAUAAAGCAGUCAGUCAGUCCCCGCAAGCGCUCGGCGGACCGUUUGCUGCAUCUCGCAGCGGCGUCUUUUCCAACCGUUCUUACUCGGCAACCGCGGUGUGUUGCCACUCGACCUGAGUGCCCUUACCCUGAUAUUGGACCUUGUCCUAUAUUGUUAGCCCCAAAAACCGUGUCUUGGUGCAGAAACCACCUGUUGCUUGAGUGACGGUUACUCCUCUGCUCAUCAGUUACACCCUCUGUGAGAUGACAGUUCGACCUGAGCUGCGAACCGGCGAUUUCUGUAAGUUUCCAUUGCAGCCAUCUGUCUGAAUUUUCAAGCCGAUAUUCGAGUGAAGACUCCUUCAGCGAGAGCUUGAGCAACGCCGGCGACGUCGCGAUGGCGCCACCACCCUCCAAGCUGCACCCGACUGGCAGUAAUUUGCUCAUGAGACUGGUCACCGAGGACACUCCACCGGACAUGCUGGCUGGCUCCAUGGACCUCAGGGUCACCUUGCCCAACGGACGCACGGUCAAGAUGGGCGUCGAUAGGAGCACGCCGAUGAUGGACCUUUUGAUACAAAUCACCACCGCAAACAAAGUUUCUCCUGGUGACUACAUCCUCCAGCCAAUUGGCGAUAGAGGAAUUCUUCCAUACAAACCAAGCACUCCAAUAGGUGCUUUGGAAACAAUCGGUAUUAAAGUGGUGCCAAGACACUCGACUCCUAACAACAACCAGAAUAACAAUUCGCUGAACCGAAAGAGAAUUCCUCUGGUCAACUCGCUGAUCGGCCAGAACCAGCCCUUCGAGCAGACCUUCCGGUUGCAGGUGCACUUGCCGAGGAACCAGCUCUUUGUGGCCAGGUUGAGCCCCAGGACGACCCUGGCGGACAUCCUGACGCACGUUUGCCAGGAGAAAAACCUCGACCAAAACAAGUACGAGCUGCGACACCCAGUCAACACAGAGCAGUGUCUGCAGUUGUCUCUGUGCUUGGCCGACUAUAAGAUCACGGAAAUAGUGGUGGUGCCACGCGGCUCGCGCCCUUCGACAGAACUCUCCUCGUCGGACAUUCCGGCGCUGCAGAGGAGUAACAGCGAACAACGAAACGGGACGUCCUCGGCGGCUUCUUCUGGAAGCGGCAGUGGAGGCGUCCUCUCCAUCCUCAAACGGAACGGAAAACCAGAUGGCAAUCGCGACGGUAGCUUAAGCGGCGACAGUCUUGGCGGGCGGAGUAGCUCGCCGGCCAGAUCAGACGAGAGCCUUAGUCGGUCAAUUUCGCCCCCAGUGGGCAGCAACAAGCUGAUGGAGAAGCAGAGCGUGCCGCCUCCGCCGAUCAGGCACCGAAAGGGCCGAGCACCCAAGCCACCGUCUGCCCCGACUCAGGUGCCUGCAGUCGAGGAAGAGGUGGCCCAAAAAGCAGCAGAGGCUAAACCGGAGAGGACUGCUCUUGUUAUUUCGCACUCGAGAAAUAGCUCGGACAGCAGCGGAUACCACGAGGCCUCCGUCCUCAGUGACACGCCUGAGAACCUCAAUGGACACACUAGCAGCCCCCCUGGCACGAUAAACCGCCAAGCAACGACCUCUGCCGCCCCCAGAAAAGCAGCACAGCCGCCUUCUCCCGGAAAGCUGCAGUACUCGUUGUCCAUGUCUGACGUGUCGAAAACGGAGGCAGGCGCCGGCCGCAUGUUCAGCGCUGCCUCCAACACCUCACUCAGCAGCAACAAGAAGAAGCAGAAGGCGCCGGCGCCUCCCCCGUUGGCCGCCCCCGACUCAGUGCUGAUGCCGCCACCCCCCAGCACCCAGCCCGCCGCCAGUAGGUCUAGCAGUAGGACCAGUAGUGUGCUAGAACCCACAGCUUGCAUGCUUGAUAACCCACGAGCACGAGUAUUAGAAGUAGAAUCGAGCGUGCCACCUAACCCACCCGUCCCGCGUGCACGCAGACUGACCCCGGACGUGGUGGCCUCGGCGGUGCCUCCGCCGGUGCGGCCGCGCCGCCUGCCAGCCGUGGAAGCGGCCAUCCGUCGGCAGGUGUCGUCCACGUCGCUCGUCGGCAGCAUCGGCUCUUCGUCGGGCAGCUCUGUAUUCGGCGUCGGCCGCUCGAUUUUGUCGUUCAACCUGGCCAGCGAGGCCGGCUCCGAGCACACGUACGAGGACAUCGAAAAUGACGACCUCGACCUGAGUCUCUUCGAGGGCUCCACGGCCAGCGGCAGCACGUUCCGCCGCACGACUGACAUUUUGUUCGAGGACGACGAGGAGUAUGUAAAGUUCCACAAUUCGCUGCUUAGCGAGAGGAAGAGGAGCUCCAUCACAAAGCAUUUGGACGAUGCUGAAGGGAAGAAGAAGCCGAAGCGGAAAAAGGCGCAAGCACCGAAAGCCCCGAAACCCAUCGGAUACAGAAACAGGCCCAAGCUGGGAGACAUCAUGUGGAAGACGGAGACUGAGGAGUCUGAGAAAAAAGUUGCCUCGCCAACAAACUCGGUCGAGAAGUCCUCCGUGUUCGACAAACCCUCCAGAAGCUCAUCUCUCCUAAGGAAAACCUCGGAAGAAUUUGGAAAAUCGGCCGAGGAGGAACAAGUUGUGGAAGUCAGUUCAAGAGAUUAUAUGUUGCAUUCGCAAAUGUCGAGCUACUCAACUCGCAGCGAUUUGAGGGAUGAGUUUGGCUUUCUCACAUUCAAACCUGCGCCAGGAGAACAUGAGGAGGUCGGCACCACGUCGACCGACGAUUUGGACUUGGACCUUGACCUGUUCGCCAUGACUAACGCUGGUAGUGGUGAUAAAGAAGGCACUGAAAAAACCCCAUCUGCGGACCUGCCCCGUCCCUCAGAGCCCGUUGCCGUGGCACAGACUGAAAACGGCCAUAGUGAUCACGGUAACGGCGCUUUGGAGAAGGAGGACGAGCAGCGAGUCGAGGUGCAGGUGCAGAGCAUGGACGUGGGCAAGGACGACGAGUCUGAAUACGCGUCGGACGACGAGGACGACCUGGACAGCGCCUUCCAGAGCGUCACCGACGUCCUCGAGAAGCAGCUGGAGGCCGAGCAGCUAUUACUGCAGCAGAAGCAAAAGAUCGUCGAGGUGGUCAACGAGGAAGAGCUCUCCAGGACACCCAGUCCAAACGAACAGCGACAACGAGAUGAGGCGUUGAAGCAGGUAGUAGAGGAGGAGAAGGAAGAGACGCAAGAGGAUAAGGAGGAGGAGGAGGAGGAGGAGGAGGAGGAGGAGGAGGAAAAGGUUAAAAUCCUUAAGGAACUGGACAGAAAGAGGGCACUGCAUGAGAAGCAGCGAAUGGAAAUCGAGAGGCUACAGAAGGAGCAGGAAGAACUAGAGAUGGCCCUCAAGAAAUAUGAACAGGAGUCUACGGAAAAGAAGGAGGACUCCGUUCCAGUCUCACCAGAGCCAGCUGAAAUUCUGAACUGGGAGUACAAAUUACCAGCACCGCCAAGUGCUUUCAGAGAUACGAAGGAAACUACGACGCCUUCAAAUACGCCAGAAGAGGAGAAAAGAAGACUGUCGUUUGAUUCUGAAUCAGUCAACGAAGUGAAAGAAAAGCCUCAAAUUGAAGCCCCUCUUCCAGAUAUUAUCUUGCAGCAGCCAGAAGUUAGAAUAGAGCAGCAAGAGGAGGUCAAAGUAGAAUUGAUUCCUGAAGAAGCUGUGGAGCUGAGGCCAAAGCCGCCAGCGAUCGUGGACGUGACGCCCAAGCCAAGCGUAGCCAGGGAGACGAGAAGCGCGUCCCCUCCCAAGGUGACCAUCAUGCCUCUGCGCUCCGCUCAAUCCCUCUGCAGCCUCGUGUAUGACCAUGAGGAACAAAAGAAGGAAGCUGUCAAGGCGGAGACGCCUCCAAGGCGGAGUUCCAGCUCAGACAGUGACAGCGACUUGGUGCAGAGUCCGCUCAGGAAGACCACCAGCGUGGACAAUGUCUCCAAGAUGGCCCAGUACACUGAAAGCGACGAGGAGGAGAAACAGCGUCUGCAACAGGUGCAGCAGCAAGUGCUCAACUGGCAGAAGCAAGUACUCACCAACCAGAGCGUCCUCCAGGAACACGUCAACAUGCCUCUCCAGUCACUACAGGUACUGCGCGAGAUCUUGCCGCAGAUGAAGCAGAAGCUGGAAGAAGACGCACUCAACGGCACCUCGACCACCACAAUCAACGAGAGCUACACCACCAGGUCGAGUACCCUGCCUCGCAACGCACGUUCGCUGGACGUAGACAGUGAAGCAGUUCUCCGCAGUAGCAGCAGCAGCACCCUGGAACGGCGCACGAUGACAACGACGACGACGACAAGCAACGUGCAGCAGCGCUUCCGGCCGCCCACCAUCAACCUGGGCACGUGGAGCGAUCGGCCAAAGAGCGAGAUCGCCCUGAAGCACGACUCGGACUACAGGGUGGGCGUCGGGCAGCUGCAGGCCAGGGCGGCGCCCAUCAUCCGCCAGGCAGAGCCCAAGCCCAAACCGGAGAACCUCAACCUGCUCGGCUCGUCGGGCGAACACGUGACCAGGAGCAACUCGUGGCGAGUCACCCAGCAGCCACCCUACAAGUCAAGUGUCACCAUUCACAGUCUUGCCACUGAACAGGUGCGUGCGAGCAACAAGCCAACAGUGGUGCUGCGACCAGCGUCGUUUGUGCCGCAGUCUCAUUCGCAGGACAGCGAGUACGCGCCACGACCCACGGCUCAGAAGCGCUACACGACCCUGGUGGGGCUGAAUGGCGCACCACAGCCCAGCAUGGUUGCCCCCGCGACCCCCUCAUACCCCAAGCAGGUGGUUAUCGCGCAGGUGGCGCCCACUGCACCGUUUCCCGUCGUCAAGGGUUUCCAAAAUUCGAUCCCCAAGGAGCAGGCAACCCCGGUGAAAAUCUCGCCCCUGACAGCCCCCAAGCCGUCGUCGCCCACCCCGGUGCCGCCACCGCCGCCCCAGUUUCAGAAGCCGAUGGUGAUCAGGCCCACACCAGCGCCCAAAAAGAAGCAACCUCCUCCAGCUGCUGUCGACAGCCAGGCCGAGCUUAUGGACGCGAUCAGAAAUUUUGGCGGCAGGAGUAACCUCAAAAGGGUAAAGUAAAACCACGCACGUUUGUCAUCGUUUGAGAAUCUUCGCCAGGCGGCAACCUUUUUCGUCAUAUUUCGCCCUCCCACACAUCGAAUAUCCAACGUUAAAAUAAGGAAACCGCACCGCAUCCAUCGCCAACGCGCACCAUUGCAGAAUCAAUAAAUAGCAAAAUCACACGCACCGCUCCAUGUGUAUAUAUAAUAAAGAAGACAAAAUUGUUUGUAUGCAAGAGAUGAAAUCGUGUGAGCUCCUUCAAAGUCUGUAUCUUUUAAAUGUUGUCGAUGCGUGUUUAACGAAAUAACUCAAAGCGGAAUAAUCCAGUUUUAGUUGGUAAAAUACACAAUAUAUCAAUGUUAUAAUUGCUCAGCACGUCCAUGUGAUAUGCAGGUAGAGUUAGUGUUUACUAUAUAUAUAAAAAAGAGAUGAGCGUCAGCACUCUCAGAACCCAUAUUUUUUUUGUAAAAAUUGUGCAACCAGCUAUGCAGAGAGAAAAUGCAUUUAGACUAGGCCGAGAAUAAGUGGAAUCCACAGCUUUUAGGUCUACUCUCUGAUAUGAUUUCCUGGCACUCGUUGUGGAGGGUUUGGAGAUUGAAAGUAUAUGUGUUCUUUAAUAUUCUCUCUCCACCAGGGUUUGGAAAUUGAGACAGCUUAAUAUAUGUGCCUCGAUGUAUUUGGUUUUUAUUAACAUUCACACACUUGUUAACUACUCAUGAUACUUAUUGUUGGUUUCUUUUUUUUCAAGCCACGUGAUAAUCUAAAUCGAGGUGUGAAAUUAUAAUUUUUGUGAAGAGUGAGAAAGAGGAGCGUUACGCUUGAGUAAAAAUAUAUAUGCAUUGUACAUUA